GCAGUUUUAAGGUGACUCAAACAGGCCUUAAACACACACGAGAGAGGAGCUUUCAAAGAAACUAGCGUUCCAGUCCACGAAAACAUAACGGUGAAGAACGGGCCAAUGAAUUUCUUUGUUUAAACAAAUUUCCUCCGCGUUUAUUGGUUGCACCAACAAAACUCCCUCAUCCAAGCCGUACAAGCUGUUACUCGCUCCCGACUUCGUCGAUCCCUAGCCGUCCAUUCUCCCUGGGAAGCUCAAUCAACAGUUACCUAACCCCACCACGACCCGGCGUCUUCCCAGCAUUAAUACAAAUACCUUACCAUCGUUCCCGAACCUCCAAAACCCUAACCCUAAUUUCCGUCCAUUCAUGGCAUACCGCACGCUCGAUCUCACCCUGAUCUCUGCAAAAGACCUGAAAAAUGUCAACCUCUUCACCCAAAUGCGCGUCUACGCCAUCAUCACCAUAUCCUACGACGGCCCGCGCUCUCGGCAGCGCAUCGCCCCCGACCGCGAUGGUGGACGGAACCCUAAUUGGAACGCUACGAUCCACUUCACCAUCCCCGCCGGCGAUCCCGGCAACCACCUGCUCCGCAUCCUCCUCCGCGCUGAUCGCGUUCUCGGAGACCGCGAUGUCGGCUUCGUUCAAAUCCCCCUGCGCGACAUUAUCGCCACUCCCGGCGAUACUCGCUUUGUCAGCUACCAGGUCCGCCGCCCCCUCUCCGGUAAGCCGAAAGGCGUCCUCAACUUCUCAUAUAAGAUCAGCGAUCCUAUCACCCCGCCUUCUGUCUACCCACAUCUUCACUUCGUCGCCCCCCCAGCGGCGGCGGCG